AUGUCUGCCUCCAUCCUCCGCGUUGCCGCUCGCGGUUCGACCACCUUCUUCCGUGCGAACCCCAUCCGCCAGCCUCUCGUCGCCCGCUCCGGCAUGCUCCUGCCUGUUGUUGCCGGUGUCCCGGCCGCCAACACCUUCAGCACCAGCGCCCGCCUCCGCUCUGGCGACCACGCCGAGGAGACCUUUGAGGAGUUCAGCGCGAGAUUCGAGAAGGAAUUUGAUGGCGUCCAGGACGUUUUCGAGCUUCAGCGCAACCUCAACAACGCUUUCGCCUACGACCUGGUUCCCUCUCCCUCCGUCGUCGCUGCCGCCCUCAAGGCUGCCCGUCGCGUUAACGACUUUGCCACUGCCGUCCGCAUUUUCGAGGGCGUCAAGGCCAAGGUCGAGAACAAGGGCCAGUACGAGCAGUACCUCGAGGAGCUCAAGCCUCUGAGGGAAGAGCUGGGUGUCUCUCUGAAGGAGGACAUCUACCCCGAGGAGAAGAACUAA